GAAAUGUCUAUAAUAUAACCAAAGUUGAACUGAGAGGUUAUGAUUUAAAAGAAAAAAUAUUAAUAUUUGUUUAUUUUGUAUUAAAAUGGAUGAGCUAAUUGUAGGGACCUAUGAAGGAUUUUUGCUUGGAUAUUCCUUGCGACCCGAAGAAAAUUUUCAGAUGAGAAAAUUACAACAAACAUUUGCAACACAUUCCCAUACAGCGUCAGUGCGAUGCAUAUCAAUUUCUGGUAAAUUUUUAGCAUCAGGCGGAACAGACGACAAAGUGGUCGUAAUAGAUUUAAAAACACGGAAGGAGCAUACAGUCCUUAUGAAUCAUGACGGCACAGUGAAUACCGUUGCUUUUACUCAUGGAGGCACGCAUUUGCUCACAGGCAGUGAUGAUGGAUGUAUAAUUGUAACUAGAACAGGAAAUUGGCAAACAGAAAAAAUCUGGAAAAAAGCUCAUGGUGGUCAACCUGUUACUGCAAUUUCAGUUCACCCAUCUGAUAAGUUAGCACUAAGUAUUGGAGGUGACAAAACUCUACGAACUUGGAAUCUUGUUAAAGGUCGUCCGGCAUUUACAAUCAAUCUUGGAAGCAAAGGAGUAACCCUGCCAACUGAAAUUAAGUUCUCACCUAGUGGUGACAGGUUCUCGCUUAUUUCUUUACAGAAUAUUGAUGUCUGGACAAUUAGCAAAGCAGGAUUAGAAAAACGUUUGACAUGCAAUUCAAAACCUAGCACAGCUCAAUGGAUUGAUGAUGAUAAGUUAUUUGUUGGUCUAGAAAAUGGAAAUUUAAUCAAAUUUACAGUAUCAGAAACACGAGCACAAACAUUUCAGGCCCAUAAACAAAGAGUAAAAUGCAUGCAUUAUGAAAAUGAAACACUUUAUACUGCAUCCAGUACAGGGGAGCUAAAAUCUUGGUCCAUUAAUGACAAUAUAUUAGAAGAAAUAUGCUCAGCUAAUGCUGCCUGUAGAGUCACUUGUGUAGCAUUAAAUAGGCAAAGUCAUUUAAUUAAGAAAGAAAAGUCUGAUGAUGAGGUUGAAGAAGAACAAAAUGAUUCAGACAACAGUGAAAAUAUUUCUGACACUGACACAAUUGUACAAAAAACAGCAACUAAAAGAAAACCUGGAGCUUUUGUUACAAUCAGUUAUGAUGAUAAAGAAGCUGAAGAAAAUAAACCAUCUCCAGCAAAGAAAACAAAGAGGAAGAAGAGAAAUAAGAAGAAAAAUAAAAAUUCUGAAUAAUAAAAUGUUUUCUGUUUAAA